GCGAAGCUUCAACGUCUAUCGCGAUGCAAGUUCCACUCAGUGAUGUCCAGGUCCUGCAGGAUCCUGCCGAUGCCGAGACUGUAGCCGGCGGCGACAAAGAGGAGACCUUUGCCCACAUGAAGGAGUGGAAGCGACAAUACAUGCGUGGGAUUUCGCACACUCCAUCACAGGCAGGAGUUUAUUACGAAGCUCUCAAAGGAUCCAGUCACUCCUUAGCUAAAGGAUCCCGCAACUUCCGGCCUGGUAGUAUGCGAAGAGUCCGCCGAAGGGCUGUUUUCAAAAAUGGCGACUGCAAUGUGGUGCAAAAACACUUACAGAGGCGCCGCGUCCGCUUCCUGCAGGACAUGUACACCACCAUGGUGGACUGGCAAUGGCGAUGGACACUCCUGGCCUUUGCUCUCAGUUUCAUACUUUCGUGGCUUUUCUUCGCGCUCAUCUGGUGGUUGAUUGUCUAUACGCACGGCGAUCUGGAGGAUCUGCAUCUGCCCGAUAACCAAGCGGAAACUGGCUGGGCACCUUGUGUGUCGGCUAUCGAUGGUUUCACCUCCUGCUUCCUGUUUUCUAUUGAAACUCAGCACACCAUCGGCUACGGUGUCCGCACCACGUCCCCUGAGUGCCCCGAAGCCAUUUUCAUGAUGUGCUUCCAGUCCAUUUACGGUGUAAUGUCAUCUGCCUUCAUGGCCGGAAUUGUGUUUGCCAAGAUGACGAGGGCUAAGCAGCGAGCUCAGACCCUACUGUUCUCCAAGCACGCGGUCAUUUGCCAGCGGGAUGGAUGCCUGUCCUUGAUGUUCCGGGUGGGUGACAUGCGAAAGUCACACAUCAUCGGGGCGGGAGUUAGGGCUCAAUUGAUUCGGACGAAGAGCACCAAGGAGGGCGAGGUGAUGACGCAAUACUUCACGGAAUUGGAGAUAGGCACCGAUGACUCCGGCUCCGACUUGUUCUUUAUCUGGCCCAUGGUGAUUGAGCACAAGAUUGAUGAGAACUCGCCACUCUACAACCUAAAUGCCACCGAUAUGCUGCAGGACAAGUUUGAGAUCGUGGUGAUACUUGAGGGCACAGUGGAAUCCACAGGUCAGAGCACCCAGGCCAGGUCUAGCUAUAUCAACACUGAGAUCCUGUGGGGCCAUCGUUUCGAUCCAGUGGUGCUGUAUAACAAGGACCUCCAGGCCUACGAGAUCGACUAUGCCAGAUUCAACGAAACCACCCAGGUGGAUACCCCCCUGUGCAGUGCCCGCGAGCUGAACGAGAUCUACAAGAUCCAGGAGGGCUUCCGCACACCAGCUUCCCCCUCGAUUCAUUCGGGGCACUCCACCAGCUGCAGUUCCGGCUAUCAGUCCCCUGGAAAACAGAACCGCCUCCGCUGGCAGCUCUCGCUGCCCUUGUAGUGCCCAACUUAGCCGCUAUGAGUGCCCCUACGAAAAUAAGUUAAUAAAUGCUUUAGUCUUGAGUCUACACCCAAAUUGCAUGUCCCUGGGAUUUCAUACAAAUGACACAUAAUUGCCGCGCUCGCUGGUAGCGGUUGCAAGUUGCAUUUCUGUUUCAGUUGGGUCCAACCCACUCAUUAGGCAUCAUUAAUAAUCUGGGGGUAUCAAUGCAAGAGGUGCCAAAAAACAAAAAUACCAAGCACACAC